AUGGCCAAGCUUCUUUCGCUUUUGGCGGUCGCUCAGCUUGGGGCGGCCAUCGACAAUGGCCUGGGCAGGACGCCGCCGCUUGGGUGGCGAUCUUGGAACCUCUACAACCGCAACGUGAACCAGUCCCUCAUGGAGGCCAUCAUGGAUGGCAUGGUGUCGAAGAAACGGCAAGUGGACGGCGUGCCGACCUCCUUGUGCGACUUGGGCUACUGCGAUGUCGGCCUCGAUGACAACUGGCAGAAUUGCGACGGUGGUCAGAAGUACCACUACCACGGCGACUCGGGCAUUCCCAUCAUCAAUCAGUCCCGCUUCCCCGACAUGGUGGCCAUGACCGCCCACGCCCAUCGCUUGGGCCUCACGGCGGGCUGGUAUUUGAACAACUGCAUCUGCUCAGAAGGCACCUCCACGGAUGCGAUGUACCAGAGCGAUGUGGCAGCAUUGACCGUCUUCAACUUCGACGGUGUGAAGCUCGACGGCUGUGGCAAGCAGCUAGAUCUCGACAAGUGGGCGCAGCUGUUGAACGGUACAGGUCGCAAGGUGCUCAUCGAGAACUGCCACUGGGGACGUACAGUGCCAAACGCCACCUGGUGUCCCUGGAACUUUUUCCGCACCUCCGGAGAUGUUCGGGCCUCCUACGGCAGCGUGGUCGGGAACUUGCAGACCACCACCGAGUGGGCGCAGAAGAACCUGUCCAGGCCGGGCUGCUGGGGCUAUCCGGACAUGCUGGAGGUGGGGGUGCCCGGACUGAGCUAUCAAGAGUCGCGAAGCCACUUCGCCGCUUGGGCGAUUGUCUCUUCGCCGCUUGUUCUGUCCAUGGACGUGAACAACGACAAAGUCAUGGACGAUGUGUGGGACAUCAUCUCAAACAAGGAGAUCCUUGCGGUGAAUCAGGCCUGGGCAGGGCACAGCGGCAGCCCCUUCAAGCAGGCCAACCGCACCGUGCAGCUGCCGGAUUACUUCAUGCGCAUCCAAGGUGUCGUCGUGCCAUACAAGGAGCAGGUGCACAGCUGGCAGUUCUUCUACAAGCCCGUGGGUGACAACAAGGUCGCAGUGCUCCUCAUGAACCACGACACCGCGGCGCAGGAUUUGGUCCUCAACUUUUCGGAGGUGCCGGGCCUGAAGUGCCAGAAAUGCCAGGUGCGGUGCUUGUUCAAACACAAGGACCUCGGGAGUCACGAGACCUCCUUCACAUCCAAGUCGGUGGCAUCCCAUGACUCUCGCAUGUUUCUGCUGUCGGACGCCAGCGUGGAGUUCGUUUAUGCAUGA